UGUUACUAAUCCCAGGACCAAGCGGAUCACUCCUGUAACUGCUUAGGAAUUUUGUUUUUCCUCUUUAACACUUCAAAUUGCCAUGAAAAUAAUAACACAAGGCAUUGUUUUACUGCUAUUGAUAACGUUUUCCACGUGUGCGGUGAUAACUGGGGCAUGCGAGAGAGACAUGCAAUGUAGCAUUGGGACCUGCUGUGCAAUCAGCUUGUGGUUGCGAGGAUUAAGAAUGUGUACCCCAAUGGGACAGGAAGGAGAAGAAUGUCAUCCUUACAGCCAUAAGGUCCCGUUCUAUGGGAAACGUCUUCACCACACUUGCCCCUGUAUCCCAAGCCUUGUCUGUGCCAGGUUUGUGGAUGGCAAAUAUCGAUGCUCAAUAGAUUUCAAGAACAUGGAUUUCCACUGAAAUAAGAUAUUGUUUCUUCUGUACAAUACAGGACAGACAUCUAAAUGCUCUUGUAUAUGAUUUGUUAAACAGCAGCUUGCUAUAAUGGAUAUUUUGGUUAAUGGGUCAGUUGUUAAUUUUAUGCACUU